UCCAACUCCCCCGUGACUGGUGCCUUUCGCGAGUUGCUCGGUGUCGCGGGACGCUCCAUGGCGCUCCGAUGGGCGCUGCGGCCGCGGGCGGCAUUGGAGCGAGGAAUGUCAGUGCGGAGGAGUUUCACUCAGGACUAGAUCUCGGACCCCAGCGGUGCAUCUCCUUGGAGCUCAUCGGGCAGAGCUUCACUUGGCGCUCUGCCGCCUACGGGGAGCUUCAACUCCGCAGUCACUACCUCUGCGCCGAGGAGGCCGGGCGCGCUGAGGAUGCCGCUGCGGAGGCCGAGGUGCUGGCAGUGGAGCAGGGGCUCAUGGGGGAAGGCAUUUCCCUGCGCUUGAGCCGCAGACCAUUGGACUAUGUUUGCGUGGACCAGCACCUGGUGGUGGCCCAGUAUGAUGGGACUGCGCUGCUCCGGCGCAGCGCCACCUUCCAGAUCAAGCGCGGGGAGCGCGGGGAGUACGGGGAGAACGAGAAGGAGGUUUGCCUGAUGUGGGCGGACCGGCCGGGCUUGUAUGCCGGCAUGGAGCGGGAUGGGCGCAUCACCAUGAAAGCGUAUAGCCUUCGCGAUCGCGAGGACUUCCACUUCCGCCUGACGCCAGCCCGCCCGACGCCGCCGCUGCUGGUGGACCUGCUGCCGUGCACCAUGGGCCUCAGCGCGCCAGCGGUGGAGGUGGAGGUGGAGGUGUCGGCAGAGACAAGGAAGGUGCCAAAGACCAGGACUACAACCUCCUGGCCUCUCGCCUCCCUCAGAUCUGCGGCUCCUUCGAGGCGGUCGACUGAAGAAAAACCACUUCGAGGCGGUCAGACGGUUCAAGGCGGAACGGGUGGAAGCGACUCUGUUUCUCGCUUUCCGGGAAGACGUGUGGUCGUCGAAGACCCCAUGGCGGCCAUUGGCGUUGGAUUCCGGGCGAAGGACUUGUGGCGGAAGUUUGGCGGAACGGUGGGAGGAGGCACACCCAAGAGCGGGUUCGGGUGUUGGAGCGAGCAGCAUGUCGAUCCGAAAAAGAAGGCAAGGGGAACCGUCUCCGGCGCAGAAUAUGGUGGAGAGUUGAAGAGAACGAAGUCGGUGGUUCACGCGAAGAAGCUUGGUACCAUGACUCGAAAAUGGAUGAUGGGUCUGUCCAGCACUGCAAAGUUGGAGCGCGUGGACGGUGUCUUGGAGAGUCGCGGCGAAGAAGUGGCCAAGGUGUGAACAAUGCGUGAUCAUGUGGGAUGACCUGGAGAGGGUGGGAGGAAAGACCAGUUUCUCAACGUGUGAGAAGAAUGACAGAAACAACCAACACCUAGAAAAUCUGCUGAUUUUGGGGAGGAGAACGAUCAUGAUCGGUAGG